AUGGGCUACCUCACCCCGGCCAACGAGGCGGCGGACCCGCUCCUGUUGCGCAGCCGUGUCGUCAACGAGCAGGAGCUGAGACGCAGGCCGAGCAAGGGUCACUUCAAAGACAAGAAGAUCAAGAAGCACUACGAGAAGCAGAACGCCCUCAUCGAGAAUCUGCUCAAGCCCAUCUCCAAGCAUGCGAGCGAGAACGAAGACGAGGCAGAGGCAGCCAGCAAGAUGGUCAAGAUCAUGAUCUAUGCCAACAUCUAUGCCAACUUUGCCCUGGCCGCACUGCAGCUCUACGCCGCCAUCUCAUCGCUCUCCCUCUCGCUCUUUGCCACGGCAGCCGACAGCGUCUUUGACCCUUUUGCCAAUGUGAUCCUCAACUGGCUCCACCGCAAAUCCGAGAAUCUCGACGAACGUAAGUGGCCCAUCGGCGGCUCCCGCCUCGAAAAUGCCGGCAACAUUGCCUACGCCAGCAUAAUGGGCAUGGUCUCGGUCGUUCUCAUCGUUGAAUCGGCAAGGGAUAUUGGCACGCAUAAAGCCAGCGACGUGGAGAAGCUCUACGUUCCUUCGUUGAUUGCUGUCGGUGUCGCAUUUAUCACCAAGGCCGUCUUGGGCUUCUUCAACUACAUUCUCAGAAGGCACUCGAGCCAGCUCGACAUGCUCUGGGAAGACUGCCGAAAUGACCUUUUCAUCAAUGGCUUCGGUAUCUUCACCUCGGCGGCCGGUGCCAAGAUUGUCUGGUGGCUCGAUCCCGCGGGCGCCAUGAUCAUCUCCUUUGGCAUCAUCUUUGCCUGGACUCGCACCGCAUACGGCCAGUUCCGCGAGCUCUGCGGCGUGUCUGCCCCCGUCGAGUUCCUGCAGCUGUGCACCUACAACGCCCUGCACAUCCACUUCCAGCACAUUGAAAUGGUCGACUCGGUCAAAGCCUAUCACUCGGGUCCCAAGUACAUCGUCGAGGUAGACAUUGUCAUGAGGCCCGACACGCCGCUCUGGCUCAGCCACAAUGUCUCGCAAGACUUGCAAGACAAGCUGGAGCAGCUCCCGUCCGUAGAGCGAGCAUUUGUUCAUGUCGACUUCGAGGUCGACCACAGGCCAGAACAUCAGGCUCAGAAGAAAGUAAAGUAA